AUGAUAUUAAAGGGCGUGUUUUGCCUGCUAGUCGUCCAGCAAGGUUGCGCCGAGUCGUACCGGAUCCUCGGCGUGUUCCCCGCCAGGUCCAGGAGCCACUUCCUGAUGACGGGCGCGCUGAUGAGGGGCCUCGCGGCCAGGGGUCACCGCGUGGUGGUGGUCAGCCCCUUCCCGCAGUCGCCGCCGCCGCCGCGCUACCAGGACGUGAGCCUGCCGGCGGCGCCGGGCUCCGUGCCGGUGGAGGCGGUCGCCCGGAGCAGCCCGCUGCCCUCGCUGCAGGAGCUGCGCGCCUGGGGGGUCGACGCCUGCGAGGACACGCUCUCCGCGCCGCCGGUCCGCGAGCUGCUGGCCUCCGGGGCGCGCUUCCACCUGGUCGUCGCCGAGGCGUUCAACGCCGACUGCCUCUACGCCCUCGCCCACAAGCUGGGGGCGCCGCUGGUGGGCGUGUCCACCUGCACGCUCAUGCCGUGGGCCGGGGGACCGCUCGCCAACCCCGACAACCCCUCGUACAUCCCGGCGCACUUCCUUCCCCUCCCGCCGCGCAUGUCCUUCCUGCAGCGCCUCGCCAACUCCGCGACCCUCCUGCUGGCCAGGGCCUGGCACGGGGUGUUCCUGCGCCGCGACGCCGACAGCAUCGCGCGGAGGCACCUGGGGCAGUCCUUGCCCGGCGCGCGGGAGCUCGCGCGCGGCAUGAGCCUGCUGCUCGUCAACUCGCACUUCUCGCUGCACCAGCCGCGACCCCUGGUGCCCGCCGUCGUCGAGGUGGGCGGUCUCCACCUGCAGGCGCCGCGCAACCUCUCCGAGGAAUUUUCUGCCUUCUUGGAUGAGUCGGUCGAAGGAGUUAUUUAUUUCUGUUUGGGUUCCCGAGUACGAUCUGAUUCCUUCUCCGAAGAAAAGCGUCAAGGUUUCAUGGAAGCAUUCUCAGAGCUCCCACUAAAGGUUCUGUGGAAAUGGGAGUCCGACUUCAUGCCCGGAAAGCCCAAGAAUGUAAAGAUUGCUAAGUGGAUGCCGCAGCUCGAAAUACUUAGUCACCCUAAUGUGAAAGUCUUCAUAACACACGGCGGCAGCAUGGGCACAAUGGAGGCAGCAUACUUCGGUGUUCCCAUGGUCGCUAUACCUUUGUUUGGAGACCAGCCACUGAACGUACAGUACUACAUCGAUAAAGGCAUCGCUGUGAAGCUCGACUAUGCGACAAUCAACAAACACACUGUCACGAAUGCUCUCAAAACAGUUCUGAACAACAAAAGCUACGCGGAGAGCGCCAGGCGCGUGGCCCAGCUGUUCCGCGACAGGCCCAUGUCGCCGCUCGACACGGCCGUCUACUGGACGGAGUACGUCAUCAGGCACGAGGGAGCGCGCCACCUGCGCUCCGCCGCGGCCGACCUGCAGUGGUACCAACUGUGGCUGCUCGACGUGGCCGCCUGCUUGCUUUCUCUCGCCGCCGCCGCAGCGCUGGCUGUUGCCUUCCUGGCUCGCCGCUGCCGGCCGAGCCCACAGUGACUGACUGACAUCCUUUCCUCUCGGAGUUUACAAGUCGUUCAAGUUGCAGGAACAGGGCCGGUGCGAGCGGUGCGACCAUCAAGGGGGAUGGGGCGCCGAAGUUAUUCAGACUUUUGAUACUCCACUCGACCACCGCACCGAAUCUACAUUACCAACACCGACUAGACAGGCCAAGCCCGAUCCAAACGGGCCUGGUCACACCACCACUACCGACCCAUCAACACCGCCACACAGGACAAACAUCACCGUCAACAAUAACAAGCCCCCAAUGACUCAAUUGUUAUGAGGGGCCCAGUGCCUUGUAUUGUAUUGUAUUGUAUUGUAAAUAUUUAAUUGCUUUUCUUGUAAAUAUGUAUCAGUUGUUCUCCUCCAUGUAAUUGUACUCUUGUUGACUGGAAAUAAAUUUUCAGUGAAUUUUUGG